AUGCAUCGCUCAUGAUGAAAGCGGCACGUAAUGAAGCUGUCAGACCAAAUCCCGAAUCUCAGAGCCACAAAUCCCCUGCGGACGCAGAGCUGGACAUGACAGCACUGAUAGAUGAUGGGAGAAAACAUGGCCUGACAACAGCAGGUCGGCGGCUCCAUCUGAUCAGCUGUGGUGACAUGGGGGAUAAGGAGUUGAUGUGGGCCCUGAAAAACGGAGAUCUGGAUGAAGUGAAGAAUAUUCUAGUGAAGGCCGAGGAUGUGAACAGGACUCUGGAAGGAGGCCGAAAGCCGCUUCAUUACGCAGCUGACUGCGGUCAGACUGAGAUGCUGGAGUUCCUGCUGUCCAAAGGAGCCGAUGUCAACGCUCCAGAUAAACAUGGCAUCACUCCGCUGCUGUCGGCCACAUAUGAGGGUCACGUCACCUGCGUCAAGAUCCUUCUGGAGAAGGGUGCCGAUAAGAACCGGAAAGGUCCAGAUGGUUUGAGCGCGUUCGAGGCGGCUGAAAGCGAAGCCAUCAAAGCUCUACUAGAGUGAGCAGACGCUGCCGGCAGCGGAGAGGUUCUGACCACUGGAUCCAGCAAACUCACACACACACAAACACACACACACACACACACCUCUCUGUAUCUGCCCGCUGGCUGCAUCAGAUCCUCUAGGUUUCCUUUUGUUUGUUCUCCUCCAUUUUUUUAUUUUAUUUUAGGGGAGGUGCUUAAUUUCCCUUCUAGUUUAUAAGAGUCAGUCAUUGGCUGAUGGACCUGUCACUCAUGGCUACGGACCAAUGGGAACGCCUGUCUAACACCACUAACAAAAAACAUGGACUUUAGAGUUCAGACUACAGCGCAGACUCUGUGAGUGAGUGAGUGUAUGAUGAUGAUGAUGAUGAUGAUGUGUGUUGUUUUUCAGACUGUUAAAGGUGCAAAUGCAAUUAGACGUUAAACAAGUUGGAAAAAAAGAAACUCUAGCUGAUGAAUUUCCCUGCACUCCGUUUCCCUCCUCCAGCGCUCCGACAUUCCCGUCACAUUGUAGAUGCUCAAAGAACAAAUAUUAGACUUCAGACGCUCGAGUCGUUCUGCUGACGCUCACACUCGCUUCUCUGCCCCUUUGAAUUUGUGUUGUUGUGGCAAAAAUAAAUGAAUUCUCAGCUGCUGUGCGCUUGUAGAGUGUUAAACAGGUGUGCUCGGAUGGGGGGACGCCAGGUCUCUCUCUUCUCUCUUUCUCUUUCUUUCUCAAUUCAGUUCAAACUUGCUUAAUUGGCACGACAAAUGUUACAAAUGCGUCUCUAAAGCAUUUGUAGUGUUUACAUUAAAUAAAACAAAUGAAAACCAAUAACAUAGCAGUAGAGACAAGAACAUAAUAAUAAGAAAUGCAUUAAUAAUAAACAGUUGGAUCUCUCAAAAACAGCUUUCUCUCUCUCUCUUCAAUUCAAACUUGAUUAAUCAGCAUCACAAAUGCUUGUUUCAAAGCAUUUGUAGUGUUUACAUUAAAUAAAACACAUGAAAACAAAUGACAAAACAGUAGUGAUGAAUAAUAAUAAUGCAAAUACAAUAAUAAUUUUGUAUGCAUAACAAUUGGAUCACUCUCUUUAUCUCUCUCUCUCUCUCUCUCUGCAUGAUGGUGUUUAAGCUUUUCAGUUCAGUCGAUUUGCUCCGACCUGCAGAUGAACAUUUUAAACAUCCAUAUCUGGCAUUGUUGUUGAAAUAAUAAGUCCGUUUGAAAACAAAUCAAAUAAAACCGUUUCAAAUUG